AUGGCGGACCGUCCGAUCCCUCUGCCUCCGCGGACACCCACCCCACCCCCUGACGAUCCACUCGGCGGCUUCUCCAACUCUCCCACCAAGUCGGUAUAUGACUCCUCAGCCCUGUCGCCGUUGGAGGAGAACUUUUCGACGUCCCGCAACGGCCCUAUGCCCACCUUUUUAACCACUACCGUUUCACUCGCCGAGAGCGACCCGAAUGCAAUGCACACGCCAAUUUCCCUGGACAGCAAUGGGAGCUCGAGGCUCAAUGACGGCCGCAAGCCAAGUCUGAUGGUCGAAGACGCCAAUGGUGUAUUCAAUUUCCAGCCGGCCUCCAUGGCAAAGGCGCCCGUCAACGCGAAAUCCGUUUGCACCCCCGCUCCAAGCUUGAUCGAGGAACAGCAGGCUGAUAUGGAAUACUCAGAACAUUGGGCAGCGCCGGGGCCAUAA